AUGGCUCACAUCAUCACAUUACCUACGUUCAAACUACAGGGCAAUGUCUCCCAGCUGCAUGCUAGAACCAUUGCAGAGCGCUGGAUAAGAGACUUUGAGGACGCUCUCAGAAGCAACGACCGAGAAAAUCUCGAGAAAUUGUUUGUCAAAGAUGCCUGGAUCCGCGACUUGCUUGCGUUGAGCUGGGACUUUCGCACUCUUCAGAGUCGUGAUAAUGUCCUGAGCUAUCUUCAAGAGAACCACGAUGCCGGCAUCAAGAACCUUCGCCUUCGUGACUACGGAUCAUUCCAGCCCGCGUUCAGGAAACCAUAUCCAGACAUGCAAUGGGUCGAAAGCAUGUUCGACUUUGAGUCACGAUAUGGCGGUGGAAAGGGCAUGCUUCGACUGGUCCUGGACGGCGAUAACAGCGAUGAAUGGAAAUGCUAUCUAAUUCAUUUUGUUCUCCAAGAACUCAAAGAUUGCAAAGAGAAGACUGGAUUUACUCGUCCAGAAGGAUAUGUCGAUACCUCAGGCGGCAAUUGGCAGCAGCGACGCGAGAGGCAAAGGGAAUUUCUCGAUGAAGAUCCGGCUGUGCUCAUUGUUGGGGCUGGUCAGUCUGGCCUCUCGACUGCUGCUCGACUGCAGCAACUUGGAGUACCAGCACUGAUUAUUGAGAAGAAUGGGCGUGUUGGCGAUAGCUGGCGCAAACGCUACAAGACCCUCAUGACGCAUGACCCCAUCCAAUACUGCCACCUCCCAUAUAUCCCCUUUCCCGCUCACUGGCCCUUGUUUAUGCCAAAAGACAAGCUUGCCGAUUGGCUCGAAGCAUAUGCCAGUCUGAUGGAGCUCAAUGUCUGGUGCAGCACUGAGCUGCAAACCUCUUCAUUUGACGAUGCAGCCAAAGUUUGGACAGUAACAGUGAAGCGACCAGAUGGUUCAACACGCACCAUCAAGCCAAGGCACGUCGUCCUCGCUACAGGAAACGCCGGUGACGCCAUCAUCCCUCACUUCGAUGGCAUUGAAAGCUUCAAGGGAUCUGUCUACCACGGGAGCCAGCACAAGGAUGCCUCAGAGCACGCCGACCUCUCGAGCAAACACGUCGUGGUCAUUGGCUCGGGAACAUCUUCCCACGAUCUCUGCCAGAACUUUUACGAAUGCGGCGCUGCAUCCGUUACAAUGCUACAGCGUGGUAGCAGCCAUAUCAUGACGGCGAAGAAGGGCCUCGCGAUGCUCCAUUCGGGAACGUACGAGGAGGGCGGGCCGCCGACUGAAGACUGCGACGUGUAUAGUCAGAGCAUGCCGAUUCCUGUUCAGUUUGCGACUAACGUGUACAAGACCAAUGAGAUCAAAAUAGUUGACAAGGAUAUCCUAGAAGGACUGGAAAAGGUCGGAUUCCAGCUCGACUUUGCGGAAGAUGGAAGCGGCAUCUAUCGCAAGUAUAUCACUAAAGGAGGCGGCUACUAUAUCGACGUCGGAUGCAGUCAGCUCAUCAUCGACGGAAAGGUCAAACUCAAAGUAAACCCCGGAGGCAUCAAGUCCUUCACUCCAGAUGGGCUACUUCUCGCAGAUGGCUCCGAACUCAAGGCAGAUAUCGUCCUUUUGGCAACAGGCUACCAGACAAUGCACAGCACAGCACGGAGCAUUUUCGGAGACAAGGUAGCAUCGAGGCUGGGAAAGGUCUGGGACCUGAACGAAGAAGGCGAGAUUAAUUCGAUCUGGCGAUAUAGCGGACAUCCCAACUUUUGGUUCAUGGGUGGGAGUCUGGCUUUGUGCCGGACGUACUCGCGGAUGCUGGCGCUGCAGAUCAAGGCGAGCGAACUAGGUAUCUACGAGGCACCCGGGAAGAAGGUAGUGAGCAACGGUGUACACAACGGGGUGUGA